GUGUGUGUGUGUGUGUGUGUGUGUGUGUGUGUGUCGUCAUGAGGACGGUCACCAUGUGAUCAGCUGAUAGUCUCAGUCAGAAGUUUCAUCAUUCAGCAGCCUGAACACACAGAAACAGGUGCCAUGGAGCGUAAACUGGAUUUGUCUCGCCUGACGGACGAAGAGGCCAAACACGUCUGGGAGGUGAUUCAACGAGACUUCAACCUCCGAAAGAAAGAAGAGGAGAGACUCGGUGAGUUGAAGACUAAAAUCGAGAAGGAAGGUUCAAAGCGAGAGCUGCUGGGUUCUCAGAGUCAGCUGUCUGACUCGCUCUGCAUCUGCUGCCUGCAGCCCUUCAAGUUCCUGGUCAACAGUAAGCGUCAGUGUCUGGACUGCCACAUGUUCACCUGCAAGUCCUGCAGCCGCUACAACAAGAAGGAGCACGGCUGGGUGUGUGACAACUGCCGCAUGACUAGGGUGGUGAAGAUCGGGACUGCAGGCUGGUACCACGACAACGUCCGAAACCGCUUCAAACGCUUUGGCAGCGCCAAGGUGAUGAGGUCACUGUACAAGAGGCUGAACGGAGAUGGUGGGCGUGACGACGACACUCAGAGUAUGCCGGAUGUUCACAGCCACGUGUUUAACGGUGGAGAGGACGACUAUGGCGAGAGCGACGCUCAGCGCUACAAAACGAUGAGAAAGAGCAAACGUCUGCUGUCGGUUCAUCCGAUGGACUUCGACCCGGAGGAAUAUUUCCCUCAUUCACGACGUCAGUCUGUACAGCAGCAGAUGCAGGAGGAUCGAGGGUACAGGAACGAUGUGGACUACGACAUGUACAACCACCGAGUGAACCGGCGGAAGAGUCUGGACCGAUACGCCAUGAGACCUGACGACUAUGGAGAGAGCCGGAUGGUUCGGACUCGCUCUCUGUCUAAGAUCAGCUCCUCGGUGGCUCGUCAGCAGUACGUCGACACGUCUGACGAGGACGACUACCCCAGAUACGCCCCCGUGUACCAGCAGCCGCCCCACCGCCGCCGCAACAGCAAGGCGUCCUCCCAGGAGAACCUGGGACAAGCCCCGCCCAUGAACGAGCUGAACAAGCGGAUGUUUGCCAUCGAGAGUCUUCUGAGCCGCCUGGAGGAGAAGAUGACACCUGCUGACGAGACAUCGACUCCUUCGGGUCAGAACGAAGAGGAGAAGCUGAGAAGGAAGCUGAGCGAGCUGGCGGGGAACCUGAGUGAUAAGGGUCCGUCGUCGGACGAUGAAGCCGGGAAGAAGUUCUCUGUGGGUAAACGUCCGGCCGGCAUCAGGGGCGGCCCGGCCCUCAAUCUGGACUCUCUGAAGGACAAAGAACUGAGCUCAUCCAGCGACGAGAUGCCCACCGAGGCUCAGAAGGUGUACAUCGCUGCUGGGCAGUCGUAUGAGCUGGAGUCCAAGCUGCGGCGCCUCGAGCAGAGCGCCAAGAAUCGUUUCGGAGGGACAACGGACUCGGAGCUGUCGGAGCUAGAGGACGUGGUGGCGCUGACCGCGGCUAGAGUCCAGAGCGCCGAGAGCGAGGUUUCUGAUAUUGAGAGUAAGAUUGCUGCUCUGAACGCUGUCGGCUCGAAGAAGAAGGUUUCUGGAUCUCAUCAGAGGAAAAAACCAACACAAGACUUCUCCAGAAACACCAAUGGCGCUCAGUGGAAGUCAAACAACAUGUAGCUGACGAGACGUCGUCUUCUUUCUUCUCUUCCUGUUUCAACCUUCACAUUCAACUAAACUCUGCUGUUCUCCAGAGAACCAGUGGAACCACAGCAGCAC